AUGUGUUGGCUUCACAUGGAGAGUUCCUCAUUCCUCACAUGGGAUGAUGAAUAUCCAACAUUUACAAGAUUAACACUAAAUGAGUCGGGGUUGCUUCAACGCUAUAUACUAAACAAAAAAAACACUUGGGAUCUUAUGUUCACGGUACCAAAUGACCUGUGUGACCGUUAUGGAUAUUGUGGUCCUAAUGGUAUUUGCAGAAUCUACAAAUCACCUACAUGCGAGUGUUUGAAGGGGUUCAUUCCAAAAUCCCAACAAGAAUGGGAUGUUCUUGAUUGGUCCAGUGGAUGUGUAAGAAGCGUGCCAUUAGAUCGCCAGAAUGGAGAAGGGUUUGUGAAUGUUGUACAGGUCAAGUUGCUCGACCUAUUGGAGUUUCGGUUAAACAUAGGUAUGAGCAUCAAGGAAUGUGAGGGGGAGUGUUUGAAGAACUGUUCUUGUAUAGCUUAUGCUAAUUCAAACAUUAGCGGAGAUGGAAGUGGUUGUUUGAUGUGGUCCGGGGAUCUGAUUGAUACCCGGGAGAGCCCCGAAGACAAUAGUGACCGAGAUAUCUACAUACGCUUGCCAGCUUCAGCAAUAGAUUCAAUUCAUGAUUCAAAUAAUAAGAAAAGACAUGUGAAGAUCUUACUGCUAUCAGCAACUUUAGGAAUACUUACCUUGGGCACAGUAUGUGGGUGCAUAAUAAUGAAGAUAAAACCAAAGAGACGAGCUCUAAACGGGAAGAAAGAAAGCUUGGAAUUACCUUUAUUUGAUUUCACAACUAUUGCUGCUACUACAAGCAACUUCUCCGAUGCAAAUACGAUUGAAAAAGGUGGCUUUGGUCUUGUUUAUAAGGGCAAAUUGUCCACGGAACAAGAAAUAGCAGUGAAAAGGCUGUCAAAAGGUUCGGGACAAGGUCUAGACGAGUUCAAGAAUGAAGUUACCUCAAUUGCCAAACUUCAACAUAGGAACCUUGUCAGGCUUCUUGGAUGCUGCAUUCAAGGAGAAGAAAAGAUGUUAAUCUAUGAGUACAUGUGCAACAAAAGUUUAAAUUAUUUUAUUUAUGGUUUGUGCCUCUAA